GAGGAGGGCGGGGCGAGUAGGGAGUGGGGGCCGGAGGCGGCGGCUCUGCCCGCCUCCCUCUUGUCCUGGGUCCCCAACUCCGGGACGUAGACCGAGCCCAGCCAGCAGCCUCCAAACCUAGCCACUGCCUGUCCCGGGGCGCAGACGCAAAGGCCACUCGGGCCAGGCCAGGGACCCCAGCCGGCCUAGCCAGUUCUCAUCCCCCAUGGCCCCACCAUGGGUGGCUUAUACUCAGAGUACCUCAAUACUGGGAAGGUUCAAGAACACUACAAUUACACCAAGGAGACGCUGGACAUGCAGGAGACGCUUUCCCGCAAGGUGGCCUCGGCCUUCAUCAUCCUCCUAUGCUGUGCCAUCGUGGUGGAGAACCUCCUGGUGUUGAUCGCCGUGGCAAGGAACAGCAAGUUCCACUCAGCGAUGUACCUGUUCCUCGGGAACCUGGCGGCCUCCGACCUGCUGGCAGGUGUGGCCUUCGUGGCCAACACCUUGCUCUCAGGGCCAGUCACUCUGUCACUGACUCCUUUGCAGUGGUUCGCCCGAGAGGGUUCAGCCUUCAUCACUCUCUCCGCCUCAGUCUUCAGCCUCCUGGCUAUUGCCAUCGAGAGACACGUAGCCAUCGCCAAGGUCAAGCUUUACGGCAGUGACAAAAGCUGUCGAAUGUUGAUGCUCAUUGGGGCCUCUUGGCUGAUAUCACUGGUUCUGGGUGGCUUGCCCAUCCUGGGCUGGAAUUGUCUGAACCGACUGGAGGCCUGCUCCACUGCCCUGCCUCUCUACGACAAGUACUAUGUGCUCUGCGUGGUCACCAUCUUUUCUGUCAUCUUAUUGGCUAUCGUGGCAUUGUACGUCCGAAUCUACUUCGUAGUCCGUUCCAGCCAUGCCGAUAUUGCUGGUCCUCAGACACUGGCCCUGCUCAAGACAGUCACCAUCGUACUGGGCGUCUUCAUCAUUUGCUGGCUGCCAGCUUUCAGCAUCCUUCUCUUAGACUCCGCCUGUCCCGUCCGGGCCUGUCCAGUCCUCUACAAAGCCCAUUAUUUUUUUGCCUUUGCCACUCUCAACUCACUGCUCAACCCUGUCAUCUAUACAUGGUGUAGCCGGGACCUUCGGAGGGAGGUGCUGAGGCCCCUACAGUGUUGGCGGCAGGGAAAGAGAGUGACAGGCCGCAGAGGCGGGACCCCGGGGCACCAGCUCCUGCCCCUCCGCAGCUCCAGUUCCCUGGAGAGGGGCUUGCAUAUGCCUACGUCACCCACAUUUCUGGAGGGCAACACAGUGGUCUGAAAGGGUGAACUGACAGAUGACCAAGCCACAGAGAGAGCUCUGUGGGGAGAGACCGGGUGACCUCAUGUGUCCCCCAGGGCCACAGGCCUAGUGGAACUGACCCCAGCUCGUAGGCCAGCUGGUCAAUGGAGCCACUGACUGAACAGAUUGCAGUACCAUGGGGAUCGUUAAGGGUUAGGGACACAGCAGGCUGGAGCUUAGGCCUAGAGCAUUUGCCGCUUGGUACAAAGGGUGUCAGCAUCCUGUCCUACCUACCAGCCACCUGGCUCCCUGCCUCCUCUUUUUAAGACAGGGCCUUUCUAUGUUGCCCUGGCUGGUCUAGAACUUGCUAUGCAGACCAGGCUGGCCAUGAACUCACAGAGGUCGCCUGUCUCUGCCUUCUGAGUGCUGGGAUUUUAAAGCUGUGUACCAUCAUACCCAGCUCCUGCCACCUUCCACAGACAACCUUAGGACACUUGUGGAAACCCUGUCCCCAGGGGACCCAAGGCUUCCUCCCUGUCAAUCUGAGGCCUAAAUCCACAGCUUCCCCAAUUGCAUCAACUCAGUUACUUCUUCCCUUUCCUUUCGUGUUCGGGCAAAGGAAACCACUGUGGUGCAGGGAGGAGGGGCCUGGAAUCCUCUUCUCCAUCCUCAGACCUCAUUGGCUACUUGCUCUAUUGGAGAGUGCAGAGGAAUCAGCUGAGGGCUGGGGAAAGCCAUUCAGGCCAGAAGCUAAGGAGGCUUUGGUCUUCUUCAGGAGAAAACUAGGGGAGACAUUGGUCAUUCCUGGAACUCGCAUCCCUGAAUCCAGCCUCCCUCCCCACACACUAGUCCCACCUUCCCACCUUCAUCCUACCCCAGGUACCAGGCCCUCUAAGGCAGGACAGCCUUGAACUCAAUGUGGCCACUUGUAAAUUGUCUUUGUUGUUUUUAAAAUUGUGACAGGGUCUUAUGUAGCCCAGCCUGACCUCCAACUCACUAUGUAGCCAAGGCUGGCUUUGGACUUCUGAUUCUCCUGCCUCUACUUCCUGAGUGCUGGUAUCACAGGGCUGUACCACAAACACCUGUCCUGCGUGUUAUCAUGAAUAACAUAGUUAACAGAGAUGAGAGGUGGCCAAGGACAUUCCUGGAUACUCAUAUGUAACCUUCCCUUGAAGGACAUUGCUAAAUCCUGUGGGGAAAUAGAAAGUUCAAUGCGGUACAAACUGUGUUUAUGUGUGUCUGUGUGCCAGUGAGUGGGGUCUGUGACAUAUCCCAGCGUGGGUGCUGUCUGACCUCUUGUGCUCACAUCCCUGUUGAAAUUGCCAAAGAGAUAUAUAGGGGUGGGGGAGGGGUCUGGCCAUGCACAGGCCCCUUGGGAACUGCUGGUUCAUCUCUUCCACACAGAAACCUCUGCCUCAGAUUUGUGAAAGAAAAGGUGGAGGAAGGGGAAAUUUGGGAUGCAAGGAGCCAUUUGGGAGUGUAUCUCCUCUAUAUAGCUUCCCAGAUAUCCUUGUGCUGGAGACCCAGAUCUGGGCUAAUAAACAGUUCAAUUUCU